AUUCGUUAACUGCAUGUAAAAAAUGACAUAAAUCUGAAAUAUAUCUAUUUUGAUCAUCGUUUAUAAAAUACGCUAAACAUCUUAUGGGAUUUUAAGAAUCGAUUAUCGAAUAACUUAGAUAGUAAUUUGAAAGGUAAAAAAUGGACGCUGCGGGAAAUAAAGAAAAACAACUACCAAAUCCUCGAGCUAGAGCAAAUAUCUUCGAAAUUCUUACAUUUAGCUGGAUUUUAAACCUAUUUAAAACAGGACAAAAGAAAUGUUUGGAAAACAAUGAUAUGUACGCUCCACUUGAUGAUGACAAAUCUUCAUUGUUAGGGUUAAAACUCGAAGAAAAAUGGAAAAUCGAGAUCGCUGAUGCAAAAAUUACAAAUCGGGAACCUAGAUUAUCAAGAGUUAUAUUUCGAAUGUUUAGUGGAAAAAUCUUAUUUAAUGGAAUAGUAGUACUGUUCACUGAAAUAGUAUUAAGAAUGACUCAACCUUUACUCAUUGGAGGGCUGUUAACAUAUUUCAUCCACGACGGGUCAAAUAUCAAAGACUCGAAAUAUGCAUACAUAUAUGCAUCUGGUUUGUUGCUAAACAUGUUAGCUAAUAUAAUAUUGUUUCAUCAUUCGCAAUUGGGAAUGGGACACCUCGGAAUGAAGAUUCGAGUUGCUUGCUGUUCAAUGAUUUAUAAAAAGGCAUUAAAAUUAAGUAGAGCUUCUCUAUGUGAAACUACAAUCGGCCAAGUGAUAAAUUUGAUAUCAAAUGACGUAAACCGAUUCGACAUAGCAUUUCUUUUUGUUCAAUAUUUAUGGGUCGGGCCCUUGCAAACUAUUUUGGUCACCUAUUUUCUGUGGCAAGAAAUAGGUGUAUCAUCAAUAAUUGGAGUAACUGCAUUUCUUGCGGUUAUCCCGUUACAAGGGUGGUUGGGGAAAAAGAUAUCGGACUAUCGAUCAAAAACAGCACCUAGAACUGAUGAAAGA